AAGGGACUCCCCCUUCCUCUGAGGAAGUGUGGGAAGAAGAAGAGGAGGGGGCCUCAGGGGGAGUGGUCACCCGCUGGCGAGAAAAAGAGAAUAUUAGGAAGAAAAAGGAGAAGGAGGAGCUGGAGGAGAAACAGACACCAAGUUUUGAACUUCCAUGGAUUGUGCACGACCAGCCCUGUGUGGAUAACGCAGGAGCCCUGCGAGACACGGCAGUGGUCGCGCACAAGACGUGGUUGGAAUGGGAUCUUAAGGAGUGGAAACAGGUUAAGGGAGCUGUGGAAGGCGUCCAACUAUUCCCAAACGGUGCCUCUGGAGGACAAGUCCAUCCAUACCAGCCUGGGGAUUUCGUGUGGGCCAAGAAGUUUGUUGGAGGAGACUCCCUCCAACCGAGAUACACAGGACCACACCAGAUCUUAUUGACUACGCAGGUGCCGGGACACAAGCACGGGCCACUGGACUCCGGACCUGCUUCCUUUCCAGAACGCUGAUACCUUUUGACUUUUCUCCACCAGAUGUCCAAGAUGCGUCCCACGACUACUGCAAUGCCUGCUGAACUAUUAAUGUUUUGCCUUUUUCCCCCGGGUUAUUUCUUUGCGCUGCCCGCAAGGGGUGCGGAUAUGUGGAGCUGCUGAUUACUAUGUGCCCGAAGGACAGGGAGGUGCAGGGAGGAUAGUACCUAGAGCCCCGGCUGAUUGUCCCGACCCUUAUUGGUAUAACAUUUACAAAGCACAUUACCAACUCGAGAGAGCAGAAAUAGCUGGGUGGCUCUGUAAGGCUGCGGUCAUUUUGCAACACAACCACCUGGGAACUCUGGUUACACACUGCACUCGAGUGGAGCUGGAAUGGUCCAUAUGGUUAGCUUUAAACUGCACAGGAUCACACGGCCUGCAAAGGCAGUCAGCAUGCCCUGCAGAGAUAAAUGAAACCACUCGAUGACAAUUGAAUAUAAUAUGAUUACACAUCACCCAACAAGUAGACAGGAUCCCAAGGUGUACAUAGGGGUAGGGGGGUCUCACGUGUUACAAAACCCUGCGGGCCACGAUAAAGGCACGCCAACACCUGGAUGCCAGCAAAGAGCCCUCCAUAGCCCAACGACCAGCCAGCAAUGCAGGGGGGCCCACAGCCAACCAGGGAUGGGGGACAAACACCUUUUUGGCUUUACUGGAAGCUGCAGCCCCCAAGACGGGAACAUGUUACGUAUGUGCACAUACCCCUCCCCACGGACUGGCUGGAGUCCCCCUGAUAGGGGCCCCACUAUCCCUAACUGAGUUCAUUUCGUUUCCAAACAUCAAGGCUGCUCAGGAACUAGAGGGGGGCCUGAUACUCAGCGGUUCACUAAUAAGUGAAGCCUGCGUCAGCAACACAGUCCAGGGAUCCGGGCUUCUUGUAGCCGAUCGUCCCGGCAAAGGAGUAACACCAGAGUAACACCAGAGUAACACCAGCCCCGCGAGAGCCGCUGACACGCGGCGCCAGCCGCUCCUUUGCCCUGAGCGCUUUUGUGUGCGUCCAGGCAGCAGCCAUGGCCGCCGGAGCCGCAAUCCUGGCCGGGACCGUCAGAGUGGAACUGCAAGAGCGCUUGGCCUGUCUAAGGAAACAGAGAGAAGCAGUGAAAGCUGACGAGAAGAAAAUCAAGGAGCUCUUGAAACGAAUAGAAGCCGAGAAGCAGAAAAUAAUCCAGGAAUGGAAGCAGCUACGUGAGUUUCUGAAGGAGCAGGAGCAGUUUCUGUUGAGCUGGCUGGAGAUGCUGGACAAGAAGCUUGCACAGAAGAGGGAGGAGAACAUCUCUAAGCUCUCCCUGGAGAUUUUCCUGCUUGAUGGUUUGCUUGGAGGAACAGGAGGGGAGAAAGAGAAGCCACUGUCAAACAGAUUCCGGCAGGGCUUCAGAAGCACAGGGAACAGUAUGGAAGUUGAUACUUCUCUGAAAUUGGAGCUUGACUUGGAGGAGCUUGAACAGAGAGUCGAGUGUUUUUCUGAGAAAAAGGACACCCUGCAAGAACUGAUGCUUGAAUUCAAAGAGACUUUGUGGCUGCAGCUGGAGGGUGACACAGGCUUCAGAACAUCCAUAUUUUACUCCAGAUCAACACCUCCUCACAACAAUCAGCCAGUGGUGGUUCUUAAAGGAGCUUUACGUGCAGCAGAAGCAACUCAGGGUCCAGUGGUCCUGGAUCGGGUAUCUGAACAUGAUAGCAUGGAACAGUGGGCUAUCAAGGAAUCCAGGAGGCAACAGUUGAGCAGAGGCCUCGAGGAACACAGGGAAGUAGGUAAUGGGAUGGAAAGUGAGGAGGUUGAGAUUGAGACCCCUCAGCAGGAGGACCCAACACAAACGGAACUUCCCAAGACUGCACCAAGAGAACAUUGUGGAGUCGUCCCAAAGAGUCUCAAAAGAGAAGAGUUGAUCAUGGCUGAGUGCAGGUUGGGAAAUAAUCUGGCAGGAAUCCAAGGCCAUCAAACCCACCAGGAAACCAAAGUGCCUCAGACACAUCCAGAGAAGAAGCCCCACAAAUGUCCUGCCUGCGAGAAAAGUUUCCGCCGAUUUUCCACCCUCAUUACCCACCAGCGAAUCCACACUGGGGAGAGGCCGUAUGAGUGCCACCAGUGUGGGAAAAGCUUUAAUCAGAGCUCCAACCUUUUCCGGCAUCUGAAAAUCCACACGGGGGAGAGGCCCCAUGUUUGCCCUGAGUGUGGGAAACGUUUCAGUUUUGCCUCAGAUGUCGCUAAACAUCAGAAAAUCCACCGGGUGGAAAACCCCCUGAAGUGUUCUGUGUGUGGGAGAGGUUUCAGAGACUGUGUGGCCCUCAUCAAGCAUCAGCACACUCACACAAGUGCAAAACUCUACAAGUGCCCCGACUGUGGCAAAGGCUUCAGGUUCAAUUGUUUCCUGAUGGCUCAUCGGAGAAAACAUACAGGGGAGAAGCCAUAUAAAUGUGCCGAGUGCGGGAAAAACUUCAGUUCCCGCUCGGCCCUUUUUACUCAUCGUAGAGUCCAUUCAGAUGAGAAGCCCUAUAAAUGUCCAGUUUGUGGGAAGAGCUUCAGUCAAAAUUCAACCCUUAAGACACAUCAGAGAGUCCAUACAAAUGAGAAACCCUUUGAAUGCCCAGACUGCAGGAAAGGCUUCAGUCAGCGCUCCACUCUUAUUAAACAUCAGAUAAUCCACACAGGUGAAAAGCCGUACCUGUGUACUGAGUGUGGCAAGACCUUCAAUCGGAGCUCAGCCCUUUUAGCCCAUAAAAGGAUCCACACAGGCGAGAAGCCUUUUGAAUGCCCUGACUGUGGGAAAACCUUUACUCAGAAUGGCCAUCUGAACAGACACCGGAGAGUCCACACCAAAGAUAUGGGAACCUACUUAACGAGCCUGUGCCUAGACCAGGAGUGAAGCCCAUCCUUGCUAAUGGAACCACGGUUGAAGAACUUUGAUCUGGAUGGCCAGUCCACCAGCUGUUCAUGCACUCCCGUUCUUGGAAUUACAUGGGGACAUUUUAAGCAGAAAAAAACGCUUGUAUUUGGACUGGAUGGUGGCAUUAAAAAAAAAAUUGGGAGGAGUGAUAUGGCAGGUUCAGCAGGGGCUCUGCUGGACGCACAAGCUGCUGGGGAACUGGUGCCUCUGCAAUGCAGGUGGUGGAGGUGGAAUCCAGGGGCAAGUCAGUUGGGGUACACUCCCCUCCUGCCUGCACAUUGCAUCCAGUAGUGGCUGGUACCUAUUUGGACUGUAGGGUGGAAGGCAGGGAGACGGCCAGUAGAUGGAGCCAGAGGCAAUGACAGGUGGAGCCAACUAAUUCUACUUGUGUCCCCAUCCCCAUCUCCCUCCUCCCUGCUGAGUUCUACAAGGACAGCACAGACUCAGGAGGAAGCUGACAGGCAGUGUCACCCAGCUGGACUGGUCAUAAGUAGGAAGGCAGGCAGGUGGGCUUGGAGGAAUCAGGACCGAGGUUGGUGGGGCAGUGUCCUGUUUGCCCUAAUAGACCAGCCACCACUGACUGCAUCCUAGCAUUGACUGCAUAAGACUGUUGUCUGCUUCACUAAUUUUUUUUUUUAAUAUUAACAGUUUUUUCCUAAUCCCUAUUUUGCUUUGUGUUUGUUUUGUUUUAUUUAUAAUCUACUCUUGGUUCAUACCCAUGCAGUUCCCAGCUAGUUCAGCAUGGCUUUGCCCAUGCCUGAGGGAGGGGGGUGUUGUUUCCUCCUCCUGCGUGGUGCUCCCCACCAUGUGCAGAGAAGCACAUGUGCAAAGAAUCUCAGCUGCAAAUUAAUUUCAAAAGCCCCCACCCUGACUGCUUUGUGCCUAUGCUGUAACUGCAAGCACAUUCACCUCUGGCGUGCGCAUCAUGCUCAGCCGCCCUCAUUUUGUGUCUGGGCUUAUUUCUAAGGCAGUGUCCCAGUUGCUUGUAACUGAACUGUGGAUGUGGAGCAGCCUUUCCUAACUUGGUGCCCUUCAGAUGUCGGACUCCACAGCUCCUAUCAUCCUUGACCAUUGGUCAUGGGGCUGAUGGGUGCUGGGAGCCCAACAACAUCCGGAGGGCAGCUGGUUGGGAAAGGCUGAGGUAGGGCAACUGACCCUUGAAGUGAGUCUACAAAUAGACCUACGUGAAUAUUUGUUAA